CGGAUACACGGGACAUCCCAGACCAAGUGUCACGCAGAGGGCUUGGCUAUCAUGUCCCAGCAGGACGAGCAGGCACGGGGGUGGGCACGACAGAGGGGUUGGGGACUGUCACCUUCUCCACGGGGGAACACACGAUGCCCAUCUGCAGAUGGCCAAGGGGCAGCACCACCGAGGGGCGGCAGCACUGCCAAGGGGAGGCAGGGCACGGGCAGCACCACCGAGGGGCGGCACGGCCGAGAAGUGUCAGGGCGCACACACCGUCCCCACCCAGAGGCCCCGGGCAGGGCGCAGCUCGCUGGAGGGUUUCCUUCCUCCUGCCCCAGCCCGCGCUUCGCCAGCCACCCCGAGCACGGCUGCGAGGCCUCUCAUGUGACCGCCAGCUUCCUGUGCGCUCCCGGCUCGGUGCCGGUGCCGCGGGACGGGACGGGACGGGACGGGACGGGACGGGACGGGACGGGACGGGACGGGACGGGACGGGACGGGACGGGCCGCGCUCGCCGCCGCCGGACGCUGAGCCCUCGCCACCGGCCCCAGCGCCAUGCUGCGCCGCAAGCCUUCCAACGCCGGCGACAAGGAGCCGGGACACAGGAAGCUUUCCCUACAGCGUUCCAGCAGCUUCAAGGACUUCAGCAAGUCCAAGGUCAGCUCCCCCGUGUCAAGCGAGGAGUUCAGCCUGGAGGAGAAUAUCCCUGAGGAUGAUCCCAGCAAUGCCAGUCCUGAGGAGGCCACACGGAGCAGCGGGACGAAGCUGGGCAGGAAGUGGCGGGCGGUCAUCUCCCGCACCAUGAACCGCAAGAUGGGCAGGAUGGCUGUGAGAGCGCUGGCCGAGGGGAAGCAGGGAGAGGUGGAGGCGGAAGGGCCCCCAUGCCCCCUGUCCCCAGCCAGCAGCGUGGAAGAGCAGAGCCAUGACAAGGUGCCCUUGUCGUACCUGGAGCUGGAGGAGGAGGAGGACGGGCACCCAGCCCUCGGACGUCAGAUGUCCAGCGGCAGCGACAUUCCCAGCCCUGGUGAUCCCCGGGACAGCCAGCAGCUGGAGGAGACCGUCCCAGCCUACACUGGCCCCUUCUGCGGCCGGGCCCGCGUCCACACCAACUUCACCCCCAGCCCCUAUGACAAGGACUCCCUGAAGCUGCGGAAAGGGGACAUCAUCAGCAUCAUAGAGAAGCCACCUGUGGGCACCUGGACCGGGCUGCUCAACAAUAGGGUGGGCUCCUUCAAGUUCAUCUACGUGGAUGUGAUCCCUGAGGAGACGGUCCCUGCCCGCAGGAGCCGCAGCUCCAGCCGGAACAAGCGCCUCAAGCCCAAGACCCUCCAUGAGCUGCUGGAGCGCAUCAACCUGCAGGAACACACCCCCACCCUCCUGCUGAAUGGGUACCAGACCCUGGAGGACUUCAAAGAGCUUCGGGAGACCCACCUGAACGAACUGCACAUCACAGACCCCCAGCACCGCGCCAAGUUGCUGACGGCUGCCGAGCUCCUCCUGGACUAUGACACAGCCAGUGAGCCAGAGGAUGGUGACACCACUGAGGCCCUGCCAUCGCCCUCGGAGCCCAAAGGGGACAUUCCCCGGGACUCUGGCUGCUUCGAGGGAUCAGAGACCCUGGAUGGCAGCCGGGAGGAGGCCGAGAUGGGGGGUCCCUCCAUGGCAGAAUCUCCCUGAGCCCGCCAGCACCGCCACUUUCCACUCUGGCCCUAAUAGGGGGGCUGGAUUGGAGGGGACGGCUGCUGGUGGGCAACAGGAGAGCCCCAGUGGUGGCACCUCGGGGUCCAGCUCAGCCCCUGCCGCAGAGCCAGAUGCUGGGUGGGCACAAGGUGCCCCAGGACAUUUUGCAUGGCACCACUGCCCCGAGGCAGGGACUCUGAGCACUGGGGCACUGUGCUCCCCGCCAAGACACCACAGGCAUUGGCUGCUCUUCCCAGGUUUGCCAGCAGGCUCAGGAAGGGAGCUGGGGACAGAAGCCGUGUCUGCAGGCAACUGAAGCCUGCCCAGGACACUGUCACUUCUCAGCAUGGACACACAGACACCCCCGACCCCCCCACCUGCCACAGGGGACAGCAAGAUGCAAAUAAC